CACUGUGUUUGUGUUAGUGUGCGGUGUGCUCGACUGGAGUUACUCAGAAGUGGGAAAAGUUGUCUGGGCUUCGCUCUAUUUAGCGUUUAAUGCAUAUUUUGCGUUUCCUCCUUCGAUAUUUCGAGGCUGCAGGUUCAGUUCGUGGCUUCUAGGAGUUUUAAUGACCGAUAGCCUAUUAUAAAGGAUGGGUCAGAAACAGAGCAGUCCGUCAGCGGGUAUCCGGGUCAGGUCUUACUCCGGGUCCGAUGUGAACAGCGGGAGCGCGCGAGCUGCGGUGUUGCGCUAUUACGCGGGCGGUUCGACGGGUCAGAUCGGGGAACGGGUCCAGUAUUCAUCACACACACCCGGCUCAUUCAUCCAGAGCGCGAUUAUACCCACCAGCGGCCGGAGAGAUGAUGAGACUGACGGGCAGAGGACACUGAUGAUCGGCUCUUUACCUGCACACCUGACGCCUCACAUGCUGGGCGUCGGAUUCGACUGUCCCUUCUGCUCCAAGUUUGUCUGCUCGGAUGAAAUGGAUGUUCAUUUGCCCAUGUGUUUCUCCAAACACAGACUCUAUUAUAAUGAUGAUGUUUUAUCCCAGGACUCUGGUGAGUGUCCGAUAUGUCUGGAUGACAUGGCUCAGGGCGACACCAUCGCUCGACUGCCCUGUCUCUGCGUCUACCACAAAGGGUGUAUUGAUGAAUGGUUCGAGGUCAACAGGUCGUGUCCAGAACAUCCCACAGAUAAACAGUUAAACAGAUUUUUCCAGUAAAGAAGAGCUCAUCUGAUAUUUUCUCUAGGAUCUGAGCAGCUUUGACAUUAGAUGAUGAAUCCAUCACCAUCCGAGACCUUUAAUACGGAGCUAAAACCUGCUGUGCCAAAACUGAAUGAAAUCAUGCAUAAUAUACUUUAUACAGUUCUAUUAUCAGCCCUGGAGUCUGUUCAACAGUAAUAUAGAUCUUCAGAUAUCAGAUGAUGGACUACAGUAUUACUGCUUCAUGUCCAGAAGAACAUAUAGUGGUUUCAUGAUCAACAACCACAUGAUGUAUUUUUUCCCAACAGAUCUUUCUGGUAAACUGUUGUUAUCCAAAAGAAGAGUUUUGUUUUUAUGAAUGAAAGAAUGUCAGGAAAAACAGCAACAUGAAAGAUUCAUUUAUUGUACACUUUUAAUUUUUGAAAUUACUUUUACAAGAAAUUGACCUUUUGAUCGUUAUUUGUUUGUUUACCGAUUUUUUUUUAAAUGUGUUGCUGUAUAUAUAACAUACUUGUGAAUAACAAAAUAAUAUAUAAUAUUCCCACGGGUUCUCUCAUCGAGCAUAAAUUCAUGAUUGUAAAUUAAAAGGGCUCUGGGAUGUACA